UAUUUUCCACCUUCGUCAGUUUUCUUUUUAAAUUCAUUUCGAGUCGACAUAUAAAAUUAACGAUCGACGAUGGCCGGCGUCGCCUUUGGCCGCUUCGACGACUCCUUCAGCGCCGGCACGCUCAGGGCCUACCUCGCCGAGUUCGUCUCCACUCUCCUCUUCGUCUUCGCCGGCGUUGGCUCCGCCAUCGCCUACAAUAAGUUGACGUCCGACGCGGCGCUGGAUCCUGCGGGGCUGGUGGCGGUGGCGGUGGCCCACGGGUUCGCGCUGUUCGUGGCGGUGGCGAUAGGCGCGAACAUCUCCGGCGGACACGUGAACCCGGCUGUGACGUUCGGGCUGACGCUCGGCGGCCACAUCACUGUGCUCACCGGCAUCUUCUACUGGGUGGCGCAGUUGCUCGGGGCCGUCGUCGGAUCAUUCCUCCUCAAGUUUGUCACGGGGCUGGACACGCCGACCCAUGGACUGGGCUCCGGAGUGGGCGCCGUCGCCGGCGUGGUGAUGGAGAUCAUCAUCACCUUCGCGCUCGUGUACACGGUCUACGCGACGGCGGCGGACCCCAAGAAGGGCUCCCUCGGCACCAUCGCCCCCAUCGCCAUCGGCUUCAUCGUCGGCGCCAACAUCCUCGCCGCCGGCCCCUUUUCCGGCGGAUCCAUGAACCCCGCCCGCUCCUUCGGCCCCGCCGUGGCCAGCGGUGACUUCUCCGGCCUCUGGAUCUACUGGGUCGGGCCGCUCAUCGGCGGUGGCCUCGCUGGGCUGGUCUACACCUACGCCUUCCUUUGCUCCGACCACCAGCCGCUUCCCCAGUGAGAGUAAUCGCUGAUUAAGACGGUCUGUUUCGGUCCGGUCCGUGAAUAAGAAUCGAUUUGGAGGUUGUUAAUUGAAUUAGGGAGGUGUUCUUUGUUGGUCUGUGUAGUGCGUUUGCUUUUGUUUGUGGGCAAUGUGUAUUGUACUACUGUGAGGGUUCAAUUCAAUAAUAGUUUCGUUAAGUUCA